GCCAUUUUCUCAUUUUCAUAAUUUAGAAAGGCGGAAGUAGGUACAGGACUGUAUCAGCAGUUCGUACAGUUGAUAAACCUGUUUCUCUGUUGGUUGAUCAUCAGUCUGUAUAAAUGAAAGGGUUCGUUUUAUUAUCGGUCAUUGUUAGUGUUUUUCCCGCAGUGCACAUGACUCUAAUCUUUGUGUACGGGACGCUAAAGAAAGACCAGCCCAACUACCUCUUGAUGAGGAACCCUGACAACGGUCAGGCCGAGUUUGUGGCUCACGCUCGCACAGUGGAGCGAUACCCGCUCGUGAUCGCCACCAAAAACAACAUCCCCUUCCUGCUCAACGUCCCUGAGACGGGUCAGCGCAUCCAGGGUGAGAUCUACAGCGUGGACAAGAAGAUGCUGGACUUCCUGGAUGAGUUUGAAGAAUGUCCAGAGUUGUACCAGCGCACAACUGUCCAGCUGGAAGUGCAGGAUGGGCCGAAGUCUGGAAGUAUCAUCAAGGCCUUUAUGUACAGCACAACUACGUAUGAACCCGAGUGGCUCCAAAAACCAACAUAUGAAAGUUAUAAUGCUUCCGGUGAUCACGGGCUGCGCUAUGUGCCGUGAAGACAGAUGCUCAGAGUAACUACUGUAGUAACAUUUACCAGGAUUUCACCACACCUGCCAGUGCCACAUGAAUUUAAUUGAUCAUUCAGACAUUUUACAACAAAAGUGUUGAGUUUCCUGCUGCUUUAUUUCUGCAACAACAACAAAAGAACAAAGAAUGUUUUCACUCAAACUGGUUUUGGUCAUCAUGUAUUCAUAUUUCUCAGGGAAUCUACCAGUCACACAACAGAGUUUCACAUGGUGACGUUGCAAUUUUGGUUCCAAACAUUUUAGCAAAUUAAUGAGAAAUAAUUGCAUACAGCUUUGGAGGGGAAAAAAUAUCUUGAGGCAUCUUAGAUCAACUUCUGACAGUACUGUAUAUUAUCAGCUAUGUAAAAUGUUAUCAGAAUAUGUGUCAGAUAAUUUCUUUAGACAUUGUCAUUUAAAUGGUGUGCUUUACAUUUACAGUUAAAAUCGUUACCGGUUUUAUUUAGUACUGGAAGCCCAAUUUUAAUUUAUUGGCACUUGACAAGUGUUAUUUUUGGACCCUGGGUGUUAAUGUGGUAUCAGAUGGCAUUAUUCAUUUGUUGCUGUGUUAUAUAAAUAUGAUAGUGAGCCAGUACUGUGGUUUGUAUGCUACUGCCACACACAAAACAUUACCAUGUUUAUAGGGCACAUCUAUAUAUUAAUGUAUGUUUUUAUUGUAUAUACUGCCGUUCAAAUGUUUGGGAUUGGUAACAUUUUAAAAGAAGUCUCUUAGCUCA